ACCACCAUCGCCCACCACACUCCUCUUCGACGUGCUCCUCCGUCGACCGUCCCCGUAUCCUUCUCGCCCUCCAAGCGGCUUCUGCUUGUCAGCUUCCAGUGCUUGCUCGCUCCUCCACCCUCACUCGGGUCCAGCUGCCCUCUCUGCGCCCUCCCAAGCAAAUCAUUGGUCGCAGCGGGCAGUGGACGGGCGGCGCAGCACCCACCUAAAAGUGGCAGUAGCCUUACAUCACACUCUCGCACUGCACGUCCAACACGAACAACACCGUUCAAAUCCCUCCCCUCUCCACCAACGUACCACUUGAGCGUCGCCCAUCCCCGUAUCCCACCUCCAGCGUCGCUGUGUUCCAUCGCUUUCUUUUCCGUUCUGUCAAAUUCUCCUUUUGCUCCAGUGGCCGCGCUGCCCGGCCUAAGCUUAUCGUCGAGGUGAAGAACCCUACGCUCGGACGGCGGGACAUUUCGACAACAUAACCCAGACGCACCCAACAACACCACCACCUCCACCUCCACCUCCACCACCAUUACCGCGCCCAUCACCAACAGCAAACGACCACAGCAGCAUCAGCAGAGCAACAACUGCGGCAAUCAUUUCGCCGUGGCGACUGCACGCUGCGCGCACACAUUUUGCUCCUUCGAAACGACCAACGCCCGCACACGGUUUCUCGCCGUCUGGUGACGUGCCCACCGUUUUCUCUUAGUCGCCGCGUCCCGGCUUCCCAUGUGAUCUAUUGUCCGCCAUGACGGAGGACGACGUUGCUCGCGACAUCCGUCGCAAGAUCGACAAGGAGAAGGCGCUCAUCAACGCCGCGAAUGCGAUGCGCCAGUCGACCAACAACCCCGCCGUCGUCUCGGGUUUGGACACCAAAAUCCGCGACGGCCGCAAGAACAUAGACUACCUGGAGGGCCGCCUGCGGGAGCUCGAGAUGAAGAAGGUGAAUCAAGGCAUGGAGGGCAUGCACGUGAACUCAACCAGCGCCUACGGCCAGCAGGCCGCCGAACGACCCUACCCGAACAGACCUGGCGAGUACGGGACGCAGGAGUACAGCCAGAUCGGAGCCAACAAUGGCAUGAUGCCGCCCUCGGCCCCCUUCGCGCGGCCCGGUCCUGGGAGCACGAUGCCCAAGGGCCGCCCGAACUACAGCAGGCUGGAUCUGAUCAAGUGGGACACCCCGCACAUGGGCCCGCGCAUCCAGCUCAUGCUCUCCCAGCUCGAAUUCAAGUUGAGCGUCGAGAAACAGUACAAGGAUGGCAUCGAAAAGAUGGUUCGUCUGUAUCAGAUGGAAGGGGAUCGCAAGAGCAAGGCCGACGCGGAGGCGAGGCGUAUUGAGAGCAACCAGAAAAUUCAGCUGCUCAAGCAAGCCCUGAGGCGAUACGAAGACUUGCACGUGGACAUUGACGGGGGAGACGGUGGUGACGACGACAGCCUCAACAUGCCGACGCAACGAAAACCCCUCACUGGCCACCUCUCGCUCCGGAUCCAAGCCGUCGCCGACGUGGAUCACGCCGCGACCGGCCGCUUCAGCAGAGGUCCGGACACGUUUGUCAUCAUCAAGGUUGAAGACGUGUUCAAGGGCCGGACCAAGGCGACGAAGAACGACCGCUUCACGGACGAGCUGCACGAGAUCGAAAUCGACAAGGCCAACGAGAUCGAGCUCACCGUCUACGACCGAGCCGGCGAUCACCCAAUGCCCAUUGGCAUGCUGUGGAUCCGCAUCUCCGACCUGCAGGAGGAGAUGCGUCGGAAACGUAUCGAGAACGAGUUUAACAGCUCCGGCUGGAUGACGGCAGACAAGAUGGGCAGCGACGGCAGCAUCCGCCCGGAUCUGCAUUUCCAGCCUCCGCCGGGACAGCAGUCGACGUACGGUGCCAUGAGCGGAGGCCCUGGAGCCGUGGGGCAAGGAACGCAGCCUGGUGUACCUGGCGGCGCAGUUCCCCAGACGGGACCUGUCUUCAUUGAGGGGUGGUUCGCCCUCGAACCGACCGGCCGCAUCUAUCUGACGAUGAGCUUCAACAAGCAGAACCGCGAGAAGCGGCCGUUCGACGCCGGCCUUGCUCGCAAAGGUGCGGUGCGGCAGAAAAAGGAGGAGGUUCACGAGCAAUACGGCCACAAGUUUGUGCAGCAGCAAUUCUACAACAUCAUGCGCUGCGCUCUGUGCGGCGAAUUCCUCAAGUACGCGGCGGGCAUGCAAUGCUCGGACUGCAAGUUUACGUGCCACAAGAAGUGCUACACGAAGGUGGUGACAAAAUGUAUCACGCAGUCCAACGCCGAAACGGAUCCGGACGAGGCCAAGAUCAACCACAGGAUACCACAUCGCUGGGAGGCCUUCUCCAACAUGGGCGCCAAUUGGUGCUGCCACUGCGGUUAUAUGCUGCCGCUGGGCCGGAAGCAGGCGCGAAAGUGCUCCGAAUGCAACUUGACGUGCCAUCAGCAAUGCAUGCAUUUCGUGCCGGAUUUUUGCGGCAUUUCCAUGGAGAAGGCCAACCUGAUCCUGAUGGAGAUUCAGAACACGAAGAAGCGCCAGGGUAGCUCGCUGACGGGAAUGAGCAACAGGACCCUGCGGCCGACGUCAGGCGGCACGACCGGCCGACCGACGCCGCCUCCGGGCCAGCAGAGCUAUGGCAGCUCCUAUUCUUCAGAGCCGGCCCAGGAUCAACGCUAUUCGUACGGUAAAGAAACUCAGCAGCCAGCAUAUGGAAGUACGCCGGGCGCAUCCAUGGAUGCCGCCCGAAGUUCUUUUGGCCAAGGACCACCCUCUCCUACGUCCUCACGACCGGGUCCGGGCCCGAGAACGUCUUCAUCGCAUGCUGCAGCUGCGGCCACCGCAGCCCUGGCUGGCAAGACUUCCUCCUCUCCGCAAAAACCAGUGGGCCCUGGCGGAUACUCACGCUCUUCUACAGACUACGGACAGCAGCAGUCGCGCCCGGCUGCUGGGUCAGGCUACGGACAGUAUCCAGACAGGAGCUCGGGUUACGGCCAGCAGCACGAGCAGGCUCCCCCGCCACCAGCAAAAGCUGCACAGCCGUCGUACAACCCCGCCGACUACGCUGCCGUCAGCGGUUACGGCCACGCCGCCAACUACGCCGGUCAACAGCACCAGCCUUACGCUCACACUGCGCCGUAUGGCGGACCGCAGGCUCCUCAGCCACCCAUGCACUUGCCCGAACAACCCAAGCCGCAAGCAUCGUCAGCCGGACCGGUGUCGCAACCGCCAGCGAAGGUCACACCCCCGGCAAACACGCAAGGCACCGGAAAGAGAAUUGGUCUCGACCACUUCAAUUUCCUCGCCGUCCUGGGCAAGGGUAACUUUGGUAAGGUCAUGCUUGCCGAGACGAAAGCGACCAAGAAGCUUUAUGCCAUCAAGGUGCUCAAGAAGGAGUUCAUCAUCGAGAACGACGAGGUUGAGAGCACCAGGUCGGAGAAGCGCGUUUUCUUGAUCGCCAACAAGGAACGCCACCCCUUCCUGCUCAACCUGCACGCAUGUUUCCAGACCGAGACGAGAAUCUACUUUGUCAUGGAGUACAUUAGCGGUGGAGACUUGAUGCUGCACAUUCAGAGAGGCCAGUUCGGCACCAAGCGAGCACAAUUCUACGCGGCGGAGGUGUGCCUCGCACUGAAGUACUUUCACGAAAAUGGCGUCAUCUACCGCGACUUGAAGUUGGACAACAUUCUGUUGACGCUCGACGGCCACAUCAAGAUCGCCGACUAUGGUCUUUGCAAGGAGGACAUGUGGUACGGUUCGACGACGAGCACGUUUUGCGGCACGCCUGAAUUUAUGGCGCCUGAGAUAUUACUUGACAAGAAGUACGGUCGUGCGGUCGACUGGUGGGCCUUUGGUGUGCUCAUCUAUCAGAUGCUUCUACAACAGUCGCCUUUCCGAGGCGAGGAUGAAGAUGAAAUUUACGACGCCAUCCUUGCGGACGAGCCGCUGUAUCCUAUCCACAUGCCACGCGACAGCGUCUCGAUUCUGCAGAAGUUGCUCACGCGUGAGCCGGAGCUAAGGCUGGGCUCGGGGCCCACCGACGCGCAGGAGGUCAUGUCGCAACCGUUUUUCAAGGGUAUCAAUUGGGAUGAUGUUUACCACAAGAGGAUACCUGCACCGUUCCUGCCACAAAUCUCGAGCGCCACAGACACGAGUAACUUCGACUCCGAGUUCACCAGCGUGACACCCGUCUUGACACCGGUUCAGAGUGUGCUUUCGCAACAAAUGCAGGAAGAGUUCCGCGGGUUUUCGUACACGGCGGACUUUAUAUAAGCUUCUAACCCUAAAACUGCAAACGCAUGUUGUGGUGCGUGAAGAAAUGGCCUUUUCUUGGGCGGAGAUGGACAUUGUUCGAGCAGUCUUGAUAAGAGAAAGCAUCCCACGUUUGCCAAAAUUUCUCCCAAACGCGAAACGAAGAGACGAUCUUGAACGAGGAUGAAGAAAAGAGAGAUGGUAGCCUAGGAAAAAUUCUGCUGGAAGGGGAGGCAUGAAUCAUACGUGGAUGACUGUCAAAUGGGUUCGUUCUCUCUUCUAUUUCUUGUCUCAUUUUGAACUGCCUUUCUUUUUUUUUGGUCCUCAUCCUCCCUCUCUCUCUCCCUCCCUCCCUACCUCUCUCUCUCUCUCUCUCUCUCUCUCUAUCUAUCUAUCUAUCUUUUGUGAGUGUGCUUUCCUGGGAGAGGGGAAAAAGAGGGGAGAUGGGGAGGCAUUUUAUACCACAAACAAUCCAUGAAAUCAGCUUAGAGAAUGUCUUCUUCAGGCUAGGCCAUUCUCGAAGACUUGGAGUUUAACCGUUCAGGAUAGGUUUGGUUUGAAAGGUAAACAAAAAAAAUAUAUGGACGACCUUCUCGUUGCCACGUAGGAACCUUUUUUUUUUUUUUACUUUCCCGUGUUGGGCCUGUCGUCUUUUUUUUUUGUGUGUGUGUAUGUGUGUGGGAGACGGAGGCAGAUGAUUUACAACACGGCUUUUGUCUUCAUACCUGGCACUAACUAGGGCACACUACGCUCUUCUUGAGCGGCAACCUGGGCUUUGGCAAUCCUUUCGGCCAGGUAUCUGUGCUGAACCUCCUCGUUCCAAGCAUCCGCUCUGAUCUUCGGGUCGGCCGAGAUGAACUUCAGCCAGGCGUAGAACCUCGGUGCCUCUGCCCGAAGCCUGUCGUGGA